CCCACUCGCCUCUCCCUCCCCCUCCCACCUCCUCUCAAGGCGGCUGAAGUUUCUCCGAGUCCCUCUCCGGGGGGGACGUGGGUGCCAGUCGCGGCGUGGGCUGGGGCUGGCGGGUCUCGGGGACCUGACUGUCCCGUCUGCUCCUCCGAUCUCAGGAUCUCAGCGCUCCACCCCUGCGCCCUGGGGCACCUGCGUGUCCUGGGCCGGCUCCGGAGUCCACGCUGGCCCCCGCCGAGGCCCUGGCCAGCUCCCUGAUGGGGGAGUGAGAGACCCCGCUGGCCGGUCAUGGGCCCCCCCGCCGUGCCUGGCCUGCUGCUGACCCUGGUGCUCCAGGCUGUGCUGGUGGCAGUACAGUCCACAGGGGCGACUGGACUGAACACGGAGAAUAAAGGCAGCCCGUGUCCCCCGGGAAAAUAUGUCCACCCUGAAAAUAACACCAUCUGCUGCACCAUGUGCCAUAAAGGAACCUACCUGAAGACUCACUGUGAGAACUCCUGGAUGAGCACGGGCUGUGAGCCGUGUGCAGAGGGCACCUACAUCGCCCAGCAGAACUACCAGCAACGGUGCCUCAGCUGCUCCCGGUGCCGCAAAAACCUGAAGCAGGUGGAGCUUUCCCCCUGCACGGCAGAGCAGGACACUGUGUGCGGCUGUGGGCCCAACCAGUACCGCUCCUACUCGGGAUCUAGUCUGUUCUACUGCAUGAACUGCAGCCCCUGCCUCAAUGGCACCGUCUAUAUCUCCUGUGGGGAAAACCAGGAUACAGUCUGCAACUGCCACGCCGGAUUCUACCUGAAGAAGAAUAGGUGUGAGCCCUGUGCUAACUGUAAGAACAACUCAGACUGUGUAAAGCUGUGCUCUCCCCAGAGACCGGUUGUUGUCCCGGAGGACAAAGGUACCGAGGUGCUACUGCCCCUGGUCAUCUUCUUCGGCCUCUGCCUCCUGUGCCUCCUGUCCUCUGUGCUUCUGUGCCGCCUGCCCCGGUGGAAAUCCAAGCUGGCCUCCAUCGUUUGUCCUCAAAAACUAUCCACUCCUAUCAAAGAGGGGGAGCCUGAUCCCGGGAAGUUUGGGCCAGGCGGCCCUUAUUCUUCCCCCACCUUCAGUCCCAUCCCCACCGUCGUCCCUUCUCAAAAUUCUGAAACCUGGCCUCACUUCGGACCACCCCCGAGGGAGACGGCCCCGCCCCUCCUGAAGGCUGCCCUCGCCCCGGGGUCCCCGGACCCCAGCCUGAGCCCCAGCUCCUGCCUCCUGCCGAAGCAGGAGGACGGCGCCCCGCAGCCGCGCCCCGACGACCCCGCGAUGCUGUACGCCGUGGUGGACGGCGUGCCCCCGACGCGCUGGAGGGAGUUCGCGCGGCGGCUGGGCCUGGGCGAGCACGAGAUCGAGCGGCUGGAGCUGCAGAACGGGCGCUGUCUGCGCGAGGCGCACUACAGCAUGCUGGCGGCCUGGAGGCAGCGCACGCCGCGCCACCUGGCCUCGCUGGAGCUGCUGGGCAGGGUGCUCUGCGACAUGGACCUGCGGGGCUGCCUGGAGGACAUCCAGGAGGCGGUGGCAGGCCCCGCCCCCGGCGCGCCCGCGCCCCACCCGCCCCGGUGAGGCCACGCCCCCGCCCCCUGGGGCGCUACCUCUUCAGUGCAGUUUGGGGGGCGGGGCAGCCCCUCAUUCCCCCUCCCCGACAAGGACAGUGCAAAAAAAUAACUCCCCCCCCCACCCGGGAACCGCCUCCCGGAAGGGCCUCGGAGGGGCUGGCAUCCGGUGGGUACCAGUGGAUGCCAGUCCCUCACUGUACAUAGCUUUACUCGGCGGCCUGAGUGCAUGUGUGCGUGUGUGCGUGCAUGUGUGUGUGUUUGCGUGUGUGCAUGCGUGUGUGCGUGCGUGCGUGCGUGCAUGUGUGCGUGUCUGAGCGCACCCCGAAACCCUGGUCUUUGCUGCUGACAUCUCAUGGCCCAGCGGGCUUAGAUCCCCAGCAACCAGCACCGGGUGCCAAUUAGGGGCCACCUCGGGCUGGCCCUGGAUUCCUUCUCACAGUCAGUGAGCAACGAGCAACGUUCGCCUGCCUCGAUUGUACCGUUACAGUCUUUCUGUGUUACACUAAAUAAACCUGACACAUCUUUUGCCCUCGG